AUGCCGGGUCGUCUUAUUCUACGGCGUCCAUCCCCGACCACCGUGUCGUUCACUGUCUCCAAUGCCUCCCGACACACGAGCACCCCGGCCAAGCUUCUCUUCUACUUUCAAAUCCUCUUGCGCGCCCUAGUCUUCGUCUGCGUGGUGUUCUUCAACAUCGCAAGGCAGCGCAAGCUAUUUUUCUACAAAGAUGGAUCGUUUAUACGCUGGGCAGCGAUUUGGUCGAGUUCGUUAGGAUCGUAUGUCUGUCGCAUCGCGGAUACGUACAGUCCCGUGGUUGUUGCUUUGGUCAGUGCGGUAGUAAUUUACGGGGUCUUUAGGAAGGGGUACACGGAAGAGUCACUUCUGGUUAUACGCGGCCUCGGGAUCCAAACGUCUACCUCCUCCUUGACCUACUUAGCUAAAGCUUCGACGAGGUUCAUUCCUACCACCCAGAUUCAGGACAUCGUGAUCCACGAAGCAUUUAGAGGCUUUGAGGUGCGGUUCUACCUUGCGAUUAUUGUGGAGGGCGAGCCUGAAAUGGUUGUGGUGUUUCCUACACUCCUGCCGAAACGCGCUAUACUGGAGGAGGUUUGGAGGGGCUCGCGACAUUGCCUUUAUGAUUCGAAGUCUUAA